UUUUAAAAAGACUGCUUAAUUUUGCUGAUCUCAGGUUUCUUCUUUGUUUUGCUUCGUCGGGAGAAACGCAUUACUACAGGCCACUCGUUAGAAAGCGAACUCAUAAAAUAGGGCAGAUGCGUCUGGCGUAGCGUGGGGCUGGAACGCCCAAAUAUAGAGCCGAAAACGCUUGGAAUUACAAUCACUUCCUACCGCUUGGAAAAUCUGAAACUGGCCAUAGAGAAGCCCGUUUCGAUAGGCCACGACCUCACAUCGGGACUUUAACGAAACCAAAAACAAAGUGUGUAUGGAGCAGUGUGAGAAUGCGGCAUCUCUCCUGGCCUCUGUGCGAGAGCAGGAGAUGCAGUUUGAGCGUCUGACUCGAGCUCUGGAGGAGGAGAGGAGGAGCGUGGGGCCCUCCGGUACCCUACCCCGCCCCCUCCCCACCCUGCAGAACGGCCGUGUCACUGGUGAUGCAGAGUUAGAACGGCUCAAAUUAAGCGACGGAUACAUAAACGGGACUCAGUACAGGAUGUUGGAGCCUGGUCAUAUUGUUGAGUCGGUCACAGUCGAGGAGGACCCCCACGAGUCGAUGCCAAUUAUUUCAGUUGAAACCGGUGAUGAUGGAACCACACGGCGCACUGAGACUACAGUAAAGAAGGUCACAAAGAUGACCACCACACGAACAGUCAUUCCCUCAGUCUCCGACACACUUUCCCUGGACGGCACAGGUUCAGUCACUGGGAUGCCCAAUUAUAAUAGCCCAAUGGACCGUGUGUAUAGGCCACCGGGUGGCCCCAUAGACUACCCCACCGCUACUGUCCCCCGUAACUACCACUAUGGACCACCAGUUGGCUAUGAAGAUUACCGCAGCGUCCCUCCUGAAGCCUACGCCAGCCUCAACCGAGGGAUACGAAUGGAUGACCGCUACAGGCCUGUGGAUACCUAUCGCACGUUGGACUCUGCUUAUCGCACCCAGAGCCGGCCGCAGUUGGACCCGUAUGCAGCCCAGCCCCAGGUAGGACGUAUGGGCAGUGCUAUGGAGAUCUCUGGCAUGCAGCGCUUUGUGGCAGAGCCAUACGGCUUGGAGGAUGAUCAGAGGAGCCUGGGAUACGACGACCCUGAUUAUGGCAUGGGACCACCCAUGCAUUACAGCACAAUGCCCCGGUUGGCACAUGUGCAGCAUGCCCCGCCUCCACGUCGGACAGGGUCGUAUGAGGGUACACUGGAUGGUGAUAUGAGUGGAGCUGGUGAUAUGUAUUAUUGGGGAGGAGGAGCUCCGCUGGCUCAGGGAGAGAGGGGCAGCAUGGCAUCAUUGGACAGCACUCUUCGUAAAGGCCCCGCCCCCACAUCAUGGAGGCAGCCAGAGCUUCCUGAAGUCAUCGCUAUGCUCAACUACCGCCUAGACCCUGUCAAAAGCAACGCUGCAGCAUACUUGCAACAUCUCACUUUUAAGAAUGAGAAGGUGAAGUCAGAUGUAAGACGAAUGAAGGGGAUCCCUGCCCUUGUGUCCAUGCUGGAUAACCCAAAGAAGGAGGUUCAUUAUGCUGCAUGUGGAGCACUCAAGAACAUCUCAUACGGACGAGAUCCAGAUAACAAGAUAGCCAUCAAGAACUGUGAUGGAAUUCCCGCACUGGUGCGGCUACUGAGGAAGACGAGAGAUCAGGACCUAACCGACACCAUAACGGGCACGCUGUGGAACCUCUCAUCUCACGACUCUGUAAAGAUGGAGAUCGUGGACCACGCGCUGCACGCUCUGUCCGAUGAGGUGAUGGUUCCUCACUCAGGCUGGGAGAGGGGGAACCAAGGCGGAGAGGAGAGCUGCAAACCCAGACACUUGGAGUGGGAGACGGCACUCACCAACACCACCGGCUGCUUAAGGAAUGUGAGCUCGGAGCGAAGCGAGGCCAGGAGGAAGCUGAGGGAGUGCACCGGACUGGUCGACUCGCUCAUGUACAUCGUCCAGUCACAGAUCAACUGUAAAGAUGUGGACAACAAGCUGAUCGAGAACAGCGUGUGUCUGCUGAGGAAUCUGUCCUAUCAGGUGCACCGGGAGAUUCCAGGCUGCGAGCGCUAUCAGGAGACGAUUCCGGUCAAUCAGGGCCCCGUCCCUUCCCAAAAGGGCAGCUGCUUCAGCUCCCGAAAGGGCAAAGACGAGUGGUUUUCCAAAGGUAAAAAAGAGGAUGAUGGAGCUUCAGAUACGAUUGACAUUCCAAAGAGAACCACACCAGCCAAAGGUUAUGAAUUGCUGUUCCAGCCAGAGGUGGUGCGUGUGUACACUUCUCUCCUGAAAGAGAGCAAGAACCCAUCGGUUCUUGAAGCCGCUGCGGGAGCAAUGCAGAACCUGUGUGCAGGCCGAUGGACUUAUGGGCGGUACAUCAGAGCAGUGAUGAGACAGGAGCAGGGCCUGCCGAUUUUGACGGAGCUGUUGAGUCAUGGGAAUGACCGUGUGGUCAGAGCCAUGUCUGGAGCUCUGAGGAACCUGGCCAUUGACGCUCGUAACCGUGAGCUGCUAGGGAAGCAUGCCGUGCCUAACUUGGUGGCCAAUCUGCCAGGCGGUGGUCAGAGUCAGCCGGUGCGCGCGCUCUCCGAGGAGACGGUGGUGUCUGUUCUCAGCACUAUGGUGGAGGUGGUCGGCUCCAGCGUGGAUUCGGCCAAAACCCUGCGCGGCUCCCAGGGCAUCGAGAGACUGGUGCUCAUCAACAAAGACAGCAACCGUUCAGAUCGGGAGGUGCGUGGUGCUGGGCUGGUGCUGCAGAUCGUGUGGGGCUUCAAAGAGCUCCGCCGCACGCUGGAGAAAGACGGCUGGAAGAAAACCGACUUCAUGGUGAACCUUAACCCUCCUAACAACACCCGCAGCAACGGGGGAUACGAGGACAGCACCCUGCCGCUAAUAGAACGGGGGGGAAAACAGGACCGAGACCGAGACAUGAUUCCUCUUAAUGACAUGGGACCAGACGCUUACUCUACGCUAGACCAGAGAGGACGGAGAAACACUUUAGACGACACUCUGGAUCGCUCUGACAGAGAGCCACCUCAGGGAGGAAUGUAUGGGGAGAGGCGGGGCUCUUUGCCUCUGUUGGACUCUUAUGAUGGUUAGGCCACUCCCCUCCCCCACUCAGUGCAUGAGCAGGCAUGAAAAUUUGAUCGUGUGCAUCACCCGCCGUGAGUUUCCUCCUCCUGCCUACUGUCCCUGCUGAGCAUCUGAUCUCAUCACUUCUGGGACAAUAGCCACUAAUACCAAUGACCGUUCGGUAGUUUUCAACAUUUCUCAUGUUGUCACUCUCCUGCUCUCAUUGAGAUCAAUGUGAUUGCAAACAGCCACUACUUAAAAUAGACACCAUGAAUUCUUUUCUCGAUUUUGGUCCAUGCCACUCUCUUUUUAUGUCAAAACAUGGAAACACUAGGGACUACAAACUCUAUCCAGUCACAUCCCCAGCUUUUCAAGCUUCAUAAAUCAUUUCCUUUUUGUUUCUUUUUUUAUGCUUAUGCAUCUAUUAGAACACUAGUAUAUUAUGGCAUUUGGUGUUUGAUUAUUUUGCUUCAUCCUGCUUUGUGGUUCACAUUGAAAAAAUGUCAUGCCAAAUUUCAUCAGUCAUGUGGCCUGCAGAAAACAAUGUAUAUAGAAUUUCUCAGUAAGUUUUGUGUCUCAUCGGUGCAUUGCAACGGGCAUGAGGCCGCCUUUUUUUUUUUUUUUUCUUCUUUCUUUGGUCAUUGUUUUCUGAAAGCACUAGAUGACCACCAAUUCCCCUUUAGUUAUCCGUCUGUGUUUUUUUGGAUGUUCUCAUGGAGUGUUCAGUCUCUAGGAAGGGUUUGUUUUGAAAGCCUUGAUAAAGCAUUACAAAAGAGGCAGAGGGAUAUCGGAGUAGAUUUUUUUUUUUUUUUUUUUUAACUAGUAGCAUUCAAGAAAGUUCUCUAGUUGUAGAUGAGUAUGGUUUAGUUUUUUUCAUAGUCCAUCCGUUGUCAAAUUUGCAAAGCAUUCCAGAGUGGGAGAGCUGUUUUGCGAAAAACAAAAAAAUAAUAAUUCCCCCCUUUGGUUUGGUAUUUGAAAUUGUCACUGACAACGGUAAGAUUUUUUUUGUGUGGAAACUCAAAAGUAACUCACCCAUCAUUCUUAAUAAAUACAAUUACAUAGCCACAGAAGAGAAGAUACAAAAAAUAAAGCUAUUAACGUUGAGACAAAUUGCAGACCUGGUCUUAGAUCGGUGCUCCUACUUUUCAGUACUUUGUGAAUCUGCCCUGCUGGUGGACCUGGUUUGUGCAUUUUCAUUUUUGUCUGAAUAUAAAUGAAUGUGUAAAUAUGACCGCGUCUCACAGAUCCACUCUGCAGACUUGGAGUGCCUCGCUUGCUCAGUGCGUUGUGUGUGUGUGUGUGAGUGAUGAGCGGAAAACAGGGACAUUCGACCACCUUUCUGCCUCUUGGUUUCAGUGCCUGUCUGUGUAGAGAGUGAACGAGUGUACAUUUGAGGAUGUAUAUGCAUUGUUUUUUCUUUUCUUUUGAGAUCCAUAAGUACAGUGCUUGUUUCUUAGACUGCAUAUUCAAAAUGCACAGUAAGUCUGUUGUAGAUAUUUACUGGAUGGAAACUUUAGCACUAGGAGUCAGUGGAUUUUUAUUUUUUAUUUUAAGGUUUUUUUUCCCCAUAAUGCCUUUUUAAUUCCCUGUCUGCCAAUCCCAAUCCAAUCCUCCGAGACACUGUAGUCAGUAAAAGAAAGGUUGGCUGUUGACUAAAUGGAUGUGAGCCAGAAGUCUGAGUCCUGGGUGUUCACAAGUUUGAGGAAUCAAUCAAUUGUUUAAUGUGGAAGGAGGCAGAUUAAUUAAUCUUUUAAUUACAAAAAAAUGCAUCUCUUUCAGGCAGGAUUUAGACCGAUAUUGAUUCUGGCUUGAUGAGAAAUUUAAUAUAGGUAAAAUAAAAGCACAUUUAACUAUAUAUACCAGAGAAUAUUUGUUAAUUUUAAUUAUAUUGUUUUUCUUUUUGGUUUUUGUCCUGUUGUUCUUUUCUAUAUUUUAUGAUUGGGGCUGAUUUUGUUUUUUUGGGGUGUUGUGGGUGAAUGCAUAUGCAAUCAGUUUUAUUUUUUAAAUAAAUGCAUUUACAGUUCAUAUCUUUUAAUUAAAGACGAAAGAAAAAAAUCUUUGUGUCGUGCUGUUAGUUGACAUGUUUCUACAACACUAGCGUGGAUCUUGAUUCAUAAUUCCUAUAUUUCAACACUUUACAUUUGGUCUUAAAAAUUGCACCUUUUCUCUCAUGGAUUGAACGUGUAACUUAGCAAUACUGUUUUUUGUUUUUGUUUUGUAAUAAAAAAAAAAUUCUCAAGAUUCUGACAGUGAA